AUGCAGAACAAAAAAUAUCCCUUCACAUUCUGGUCUGUUGUGCAGCAUGCGUGUGACCCCCGAGCUCUCCGGAUGUGCAAUGAUAUAAAUGCAUUAAAUAUUGCACUUCCAAGUGGAGGUUGUUUCACGGGUGCUCAGGGUGAACUGUGGCUGCUGCCAUCAUGUGUUUUACAAGUGCACUUUAGGGUUGUGGCGUGCAAAUUGCACUGUAUACAUUCAGCAUCCCCCGUGCAAAUUGCACUGUAUACAUUCAGCAUCUCCCCAUGCAAAUUGCACUGUAUACAUUCAGCAUCUCCCCGUGCAAAUUGCACUGUAUACAUUCAGCAUCUCCCGUGCAAAUUACACUGUAUACAUUCAGCAUCCCCCGUGCAAAUUGCACUGUAUACAUUCAGCAUCUCCCCGUGCAAAUUGCACUGUAUACAUUCAGCAUCCCCCGUGCAAAUUGCACUGUAUAUGUUCAGCAUCCCCCCGUGCAAAUUGCACUGUAUACAUUCAGCAUCCCCCGUGCAAAUUGCACUGUAUACAUUCAGCAUCUCCCCAUGCAAAUUGCACUGUAUACAUUCAGCAUCUCCCCAUGCAAAUUGCACUGUAUACAUUCAGCAUCCCCCGUGCAAAUUGCACUGUAUACAUUCAGCAUCUCCCCGUGCAAAUUGCACUGUAUACAUUCAGCAUCUCCCGUGCAAAUUACACUGUAUACAUUCAGCAUCCCCCGUGAAAAUUGCACUGUAUACAUUCAGCAUCUCCCCGUGCAAAUUGCACUGUAUACAUUCAGCAUCCCCCGUGCAAAUUGCACUGUAUGCAUUCAGCAUCCCCCGUGCAAAUUGCACUGUAUACAUUCAGCAUCCCCCGUGCAGUCUGAUAGUCUUCAAUGAUAAACGACACCAUUCGCUUGCCCGUUACACGCGUGCUUCUGUGACCGCGUGUUGCCCAAAACACAUGCAAAGAAUGUAAGCGUGCAAUUUCCUACCCAUUGCACCCGGCCCCCGUGCACACAAUUUUUUUAGUACAUUUCCAUGUGCUUGCCAUUAACGUUUUGUUUGUUUCUAUGUCUUUGUCUAUGUUCUUGGCAUGUUCUGAGGGUGCGUGUACACGGCAGGAGUUUUAUAACCCAAAAUGACUAUGCAAGCUUAGAUCACAGACACGCGUGUAAUCCUUUCUCACACUGCAGGAGAAUACACGCAGCACACACAUGCACACAUCAUUGGUGGGGUUUUUUUGUUUUCUAUUGCUCUGCGUGUAUUUGUACGGGAGGAGCGUGUACACGGCCCAUCAUGGACAUAGAAGAUCAUAUAACCGCACGUUUCUUUACAGGUUUAUUUUGCACAUGUGUUGCUCGGCGAGUAUGUCGGAUACUGUGCAUGAUCACGUGCUUGACGGAGCGCGACUUUUUUCAGUUGGGAGCGGAUGGAUUGCUUUCCCCGCAUGUCUGUGGACACAAUUGCAAUAUAUGCGCGUGCAACUCUGCUCUGCUCAUUCAUUGGCUACCAGCAGAUAAUCAACUGCCACAUCAUGUGACCAUUAAAUACGCCUCAAUCAACGCGGCCUCCACAGCCCGGCGCACCGCAGCUUGAUUUAGUGCAAUUUUCUGCACACACGACCCCAAGACUCCGCAGGAUCCUCCCCCCAACCCCGUCGUCCCCAGAGCUGCAGUAAAAGUGGGAGGGGCUGUGCGACCCCUAUUAGUAGUGCAGACUGUGUGUGUGUGAAUGGGAGGGGGAGGUACUUUAACUCUCAUCAUUUUGGCUUCUUUCAUUUGAAACAAAAUUUGACUGUUCUAACGGCCCUUAUUGCCCCCUCUCUCGUCUCUCUGUAAUUUUAUCCUCCUCCUGUUUCAUUUUGUUUUGUUUUUCUUUGAUAUAUAAAUAUAUAUAUAAUUUGAACUGUUUUAAAAAAAAAAAAAAAAAAACUAAAAGAAAUCCUUUAUGUGCCAUAAACAUUGUCCUUCCCUCCCUCCUCUUUCCUCCUCUCCGACUCCCACAAAACCUUAUCCUUUUUUUUUUAGCUAGUGUCUCCCCCUCCCGUCCUUGUCCCCCUGAGUAACAGGCACGGAAGUCUGUGUUGUAACUGAUUUCAUGCAAUAAAGUCUUUUUUUAUUAUA